AUGUGCGUCUCCCCUUUCCUCCUCUUUUUUUGCAUGCGUCUGCUAAUUGCAGACGCCCUAAAUGAGUCCAACGUCAUUUUCAUUGCCGGGGUCACUUGCCCCUUUUGCUUCUUGAAACCCCCCUUUUUCAUUCUCAACCUUCAGACGGUCUCAUUGUCUGUCCAGCUACCUCGUCGAGGGAACGUACUAAUUGUGAAUAGGGGUUCCAUCUUUCCAAUGGCCCCGCCUUGUUCGCUGUCCGGUGAGAGGCUUCCGGAAGCGCCCUUGUAG